CGCUCGCGGCUCACCGGCUCGCCGCCGCCGCCGCCGAACACAACGACACGACACACGAGUCCCCACUCCUUUCUCCCUCCUCGACGACGUCCUCCCUCCGGCCAAGUGACACCGCAGCUCACCUCACCUCACCUCACCGCCGAGGUCCACCAUGUCAGCAGCGCGGCGGCUCGCACCCGCGCUCCGCCGCCGCCGCCGCCGCAGCCUCUGUUCCUCCUCCUCCGCCGGCUCGCCGGCCGCCGCGGCCCCGACCGCCGCGUCGCUCCUCGCCGAGCUCCUCUCCGACCCGGCCCCCUCCGCGUCCGCCCUCGCCCUCCUCCGAGACACGCCCUCACUCUCCGCGCCGCUCUACUCCCUCCUCGCCGCGCCAUCCCACGAGCUCACCCGCGCCUCGCUCGCGCUCCUCCUCGCCCUCCCCGCCCGCCACCGCGUCCCGCCGCCCUCCGCGCCGCUCCUGUCCGCGAUCCUGUCCAAGCUCCUCGCGCGCUUCUCGUCGCCCGAGCCCGCCGCGCGGUUCCUCGCCGCCUCCCUCGCCGCUGGCGCCCCCGCGCCGGAUGUCUUCGCCUUCAACUCCAUCCUCGCGGCGCUCGCUCGCGUCCGCGACGUCCCCGGCAUGGCGCGGAUCUACGCCUUGAUGCAGGGUUGUGCCUCCGUCCGGCCCGACGUCGUCACCUACGGCAUUCUCGUCAACGGCCUCUGCAAGGCCGGCCGUGUUGGGGACGCGCUCAGGGUGCUCGAUGGAAUGUCUCGCCAGGAUUUAGAUAUCCGGCCAGAUGUCGUGACGUUGAACACCGUUGUAGAUGGUCUGUGCAAGAGCGGCCGGGUCCAGGAGGCUCUCGCGUUCGUGGAGCAGCGGAUGAGUAGCGUGCAUGGGUGUCCUCCUAAUACUGUCACUUACAACUGCUUGAUUGAUGCAUUCUGCCGCGUGGGGAAUAUUUCAAUGGCCUAUGAGUUGGUAGAGAAGAUGGAGAAUGAGGGUGUGCCACAAAACAUUGUCACCCUCAACACGAUUGUUGGUGGCUUGUGCCGGGCUGGGAGAACCGGAGCUGCACUGGAGUUCUUCAGGGAGAAAAGAACUGUGUGGCCAGAAGGCAAGGGCAAUGCAGUGACCUACAGCACUUUGGUUGGGGCUCUCCUCCACACCAACAAUGUUGGUAUGGCCAUGGAAUUGUUCCAUGAGAAGAUGAGUGAAGGGCAUUCACCAGAUGCGAUCAUGUAUUUCACUAUGAUAUCAGGAUUGACACAAGCAGGCCGACUGGAGGAUGCUUGCUCUAUGGCUUCAUCGAUGAAGGAGGCAGGCUUUAAGCUGGACACAAAGGCAUACAACAUUUUGAUUGCUGGAUUUUGCAGGAAGAAGAGGUUGCAUGAGGCUUAUGAACUUCUUCAGGAAAUGAAGGAGGUUGGUAUUCGGCCAGAUGUGUGCACCUAUAAUACUUUGUUGUCUGGUUCAUGCAAGGCAGGGGAUUUCGCGGCUGUGGAUGAAUUAUUGGGGAAGAUGAUCGAUGAUGGUUGCCAGCCUUCUGUUAUAACUUUUGGUACACUUGUACAUGGGUAUUGCAAAGUUGGCAAAAUUGAUGAGGCAUUGAGAAUUUUAAGAUCUAUGGAUGAAUCUGGUAUUCAUCCCAACAAUGUGAUAUAUAAUACUCUCAUUGACUUCCUCUGCAAGAGAGGAGAUGUUGAUUUAGCCAUUGAGCUGUUCGAUGAGAUGAAGGAGAAGAGUGUGCCAGCAAAUGUAACGACCUUUAAUGCUCUAUUGAAGGGGCUUCGUGAUAAGAACAUGCCAGAAAAGGCUUUCGAACUUAUGGACCAAAUGAGGGAAGAGAGGUGCUUUCCUGAUUAUGUGACCGUGGAUGUUCUCAUGGAAUGGUUACCUGUCAUUGGUGAAACAGACCGAUUAAAGCGUUUCAUGCAGCAAGGGGAGCAUACUGCAUCCAAAAGGAUAGUUUCUGACAGAACCUCAGCUUAGUAGGCAUGGUGAAAUAACUUCAUAUGUUGAGGCAUUGUGAUUAUAACAUCGAAUGAUGAAAAGUUACAUAUGCAGAUCGUGAGUUGUUCAAAGUUGUUGAAAUGUACCUUUUCACAAUUUAACUGAACUAAGAGAUGAAUUUAAUGUGGCAGAGUGGCAGAUGAUGACUAAAGGGUGCAAUUUUUCAUGGAGGACAAUUGAUCUUGGAGCAAUGCAGUUAAUCAGCUAAUUGAUCUGCCUUGGGUAUUGUGGUGAGUUGUCAUAGAAACAUAUUCAAUGAAGUGUAUCAACCCUCACCUUUGAAGAAAUUGUAUGCCCAGAAAAUGGGGCUUCUGAAAUGUUUCAUUAUUCUAGAGUUUUCUUCUUUGUUUGUACUAAUUUUAAUAUCUGAAUAGAUUACAUUUUGCUCUAGGCAGAUUGUUUUAGCUUUCACUUUGCAACAGGUUUAGCAGAAACUUUCACUUUGCACAAGAGGACCCUUGACACCAGCCCAACCCUUUAGGCCUGACAAUCUCUCCAUGCUGGCAGACCAGUCCACAUUGCUUCGAAGUUUAGUUCAUCCAGGAAUAUUCUGUUUUGCAUCUUGUGAGUUUGUGACUUAGUUCGCAGAGCGUUAUGAGCCCACACACCCUUUCCUCUUGGAUUAACUUGUCCCUUUUGUCAAUCAUCUGGUGCUGAUCUUGAACCUACCUCACAUAGAGCUACAAGGCAACAACUGCCAAGGCAAGCUCUGUGUGGCUGAGGAUGGUGAGUGCUCGAGCUGGUUUUGGGAGACACAGUGGCUAGGCGGAAUUUUACAUCUUCCAGCAAAGAACAGUUUAGUUGAAUCCUUGAUUUGUGCAUUAGGAGUCAUAGAGAACAAUUGUUUUUCUAUUUGAGGAUUAAGGGUGUUAAUAUCUUGAAUUUGGAUUAUGGCUAUCUUGUUUUGGGAACCUAACCAAUUUGUGGAGCUAGUCAGGAAUUCAAAUUGAUCCGUUUAGAUUGAAAUACUUGCAGCUAUCACAGAUGAUAUUUUUCUUCAGUUGGAAACAACUUGGUUUGGAUAGAAAAUGAGUUAGCAAUGUAGAACUAAAAAGUUCAUCAUUAACAACUUUGCAUGACCAGCUCUACCAUCUGCCAUCAUUCUGUGUGCAAGGAGCUUCAGGAGAAAGAAAGGCGGUGCUGAAUAGACAACAAGCAGGUUCGACUGAACCCAGUAAUGGUGGAAGGGUAUUACCGAGGAGUUGUGGACUGGGUGAUAGGGCCCUAUGACUUCCUGAUCAAUAAGUUGAAUGCAGUGAAGAAAAGGGUACCACUCUGUUGUAAAAAAUGGCUUCACAGUUACAACCCUAUAAGGCGCGCUCCAUUGCUCAUCACCUUGGCAACUGGAUGCUCUGAACACUGCUAAGAUUCAAGUUCCAAUAAUGUUAGGUCUACUUUAUGACAUCUGAAAGAGUAAUUGCCGUACAAUCAUGAAACUGAAGGAGGCAAUCAAGAAAAGAUCUUCAUUUUAUUUAAUCUCCGAAGGGUGACUUUUACAGUGCAGUGUUGUGUUUGUCUAAGUGGAGUAUAUAUAUAUAUACUUCUGGUACAAGCAACACUUUGUAGGAGGUGAAGUACCGUAAACAAAGACUCACGUGGACAUCUCAAUUCUCAAAUGAAUUAUUAUCUAAUGCCUUAACCUAGCAAAUGUCAAUUCAUCGGCCAGAAAGGGCUGCUAUCCUUGAAGGCUUGAAGCAACACUUGCAUGCUGUGCACAGCACUGAUUUAAGUGAUUGAACACUGUAUCUCAUGUUCAGAUGCAUGCGGUGGAACUAAAUUAUUUUCUGUGGCAGCUGAAAACUGAGAGUGAACUCCAGUGAAGCAGUAACAUUUCAACAAGAGGGGCUGGCGGUGGUAUACUUUGAUGUACACAUUUUAAAUUGAUGACAGCCAUGCACGACUUGCUUCCGCCCUGUCUUUGUGCCAUUACUACAAAGUCACAAGUUACUAACUAUCAGCUACCAUACCUGUAUGGAAGCCAAUAACAACCUGUAUGGAAGCCAAUAACAACCAAACUGGCAUGAUUUUGGCAACCUGUUUCCCUACCCUUGUCGGUGCUGAAGCAAUCUCAUUGUCAAUGAGGGAGGUGAAAAUUCGGAAAUGGAAGCCGUCCAUCCUGGAAAUGAAGCUGGAAUGAGACGGUCAACUGUAACAACGACACAGUCUCAACCAGGAUAUUUUUCCCUGUGCCGAGCUGCUUGAUUGAUACUCUUUAGUCCAGUAUUUCUCUCUGUAGAAAAUGCUUAAAAUUGUUGCUCUUCCUGCGACCUGCUCUCCAUCACCAAGUCAAAUUGUCCAGCCAUGCAGCACUGGGAGCAUUGAAAUCCAUGGCGGGCAGGCAGAGAUCGAGUUGUACAAGUCACAAUAAUCUCUCCCCUUGUCUAACUAAAGUAUAAACCCUGAAGUGGUCGUAGGUUUGCUUUAUGGCUUCAACGUGUCACAAGGGGCUAAUGGUAGGUCAAAUAUCAUCCACGUACACAGUAAUUGCAGUAAUUUUCUCAUGUAUAAUUAUAGUUUUAAAACCAGUACUACUGAUAAUUAACUGGUACCUAUAUAUGCAUUGUCAGAUAUCGUGCUUCUAUCAAA